UGACCCACCACCAGGCUCACGUGCUGACCCACCACCAGGCUCACGUGCUGACCCACCACCAGGCUCACGUGCUGACCCACCACCAGGCUCACGUGCUGACCCACCACCAGGCUCACGUGCUCUCUUAAAUCACACACUUUACAACAUUGAGUUUAGUAUAGCUUUAGGUCUUGAGGUAAUCUUGUAUUCCCCAAAGUCAAUGGUAAACGUCUAGUGAAGGUGGUGUAUUGUGGAGCAGUCCGAAGGCAACUGUAGCCCAGCCAGGAUGGAGGAUAUGGAUAUAAGUCUUAGUUGUCGUGUAUGCUUGGGAGAGUUUAAUGAUGGUACUCACCGUCCACUGCUCUUGCCUACUUGUGGCCACAGCUUUUGCACUUUCUGUAUAGAUCAUCUUUAUAAGCAGGCCAAGUAUGGAUGCCCAGAGUGUAAAAAGGCAAAUGCUGUAAAAGAUGUAUCGUCUCUACCAGUAAACUACAGUUUGCUUAGUGUGGCAAAGGCUAGACAACAAAUUUCUCCUGAUGUGAUGCAAAAUUCUUCAGUAAGUGUCGGAGCCAUGCCAUCUGCUUCUGAGCCUCGUUGCCAGCCACCGAAGACAUUGCGGAAAUCACAAUCUACUAGUACUCUUGCCCCUCAAUCUGCACCGGGUGUAUCUAAACUUACUUCUUCAAUGACUUCGAGGUACUUACGUGCAAAUCAAGCAAGGCCACACCAUGAGCUUAGCCGUGUAAAUCAAGCAAAGCCAUUCCAUGAGCUUAGCCAUGCAAAUCAAGCAAAGCCACGCCAUGAGCUUAGUCAUUCAAGAAGGUCUGGUCAGUUUAUGGGACGAAGUUCUGGAGCAAACGUCUCCUCUGUGGUGUCUUCAAAGGAUCAUGAGAUGAUGACGUUACAAGAAGAGCUAGAUUUUCAAAUGGCUAUUCAUCUUACCUUUUGCAAAGAUGCUAGCCACGGCCAUGAUGACGCUACUCGUUCCUUGUGCCGUUGGCAAUACCCAGAAGAUGAUGAGCUGCAUACCGCCCUCGCACUUUCCCGGGAAUAUAAGAGUUAAGAACAGCACACACCAGUCAGCAUCUGGAGUCGGCCUGUGUUAUGUUACACGAAAGGUUGACUAGUUUUUUAUUUAUUAUUAUUUUCCGUUAAGCGUUAAUUUUGGGACAAUGUUAUAACCUUGUCAAGUAUCAAAGAAUUUAGUUCUGAUCAGUUUGGGUUGUAAUACUGCUCUAUAUUUUAUUGCAUUAGCUGUUGUUACGGUUCCCUUACUACUAAGAAAAAACAAGUUUUCUAGAAUAGGAAAAUUGUGAAUUUUUAUGGGAAAAUGUGGUUAGUAAAAGUUUUGAAAUUAAGAAGCUGAUAUAUGAUUAAUAAAGGAAGAAUAGGCUUAUGUAUAUACAUUUUCAAGAACAUUUGUUUUUAAACUGAAAAAAAGACACACACACACACACUUCCACGAAGUUGAUAGCGUCUAGAAAAUAUGCUGCAUAAUUUCAACCCAAAUUUGUUACGGCCUGGAUUUUAGCUUGAUACAAUGAUGACUUUGUGAGUGUUAGUAAUUAUAUAUAUACACUUUUACAUUAUAUUGCUUGGGAAAAUUGUAUUAUUCCAUUUAAACUACAGUGUGAACAAUCAGAACUUUGUAAUUUUCAUGAGCAAAAUAACUUGCAUUAUGGUACAUUUAGUAUGUCAGUUGAUCCCCAGUUUUUUAUUGAUGAAUUAAUGUUAAUGUUAUUUGAUUUUGCUUCAUCUGUAUAACUGAUGAAAUUUUUUAAAUAACGUUCUAUUAACCUUUUAUUUUAGACAUCUCGAUCUCUUGGCAUGUUAAAAAAAUAAGUACUGUAUUAGGUUAUAAUAAGUACCUGAAAAGUAAUUCUACUUUAAAAAGGACUCGUUAUGUAGUUUAAAUCAUUAACAAUAGAUCAAUAUUUGUCUUGAAAGUGUUUUAUGAGCAUAAUGUAGCAGCACAGACACUAUAGUGGUUUGGUUUGGCAUAACCUUAAGAACAAAAGACUUUUCUGAUGUCUCAACAUAUUUAUGAAUAAACAUAAAUUAGU